GCAAAUGCUUCUUCGUCGCUGUUUCCCUCCAUGGUAUAGCUUGAGCGCGAGAUUGGAUUUCGCCAGAGAUGGAAAUCGUUCCCUCUUCAGUACCUCUUGAUCUCGACACCAUUCGCAGUGGUAUAAGAGAGCUCGAAGAAAUUCAAAAUUGCAAUGAUGAUAUUGUCUCCCAAAUGCACCCUUCAGAUUCAGACCAAUUACUGAAAGAUUGUGCUCUUCAGCUCGAGAGCAAAGUUCAGCAGAUUAUGUCUGAGUGCUCUGACUUCAGUUUCUUGGGGAUUGAAGCUUUGGAUGCAUUUGUAGAGCAUCUGAAAGAGGAACUAAACGCGGCAGAAGCUGAGAGUGCUAAGAUCUCCAGUGAAAUUGAGGUUCUUACUAGAAACCAUGAGGAGGAUUCUACUCAGUUGGAGAGUGACAUUGAAUUGUUGAAGUAUACACUAGGUCUUAUAUCAUCGCAGGAUGCAUUGAGAGGAAAAGAAAUAAAUUCAACAAAUGCAACUGGAGAAUGCGAGCUUCAGGUUUUAAAGCUUGAUAAUCAGAUUGAGGAAAGCCAAGUGAUGUUGAAGUCUUUACAGGAUCUUGAUUCAAUAUUCAAAAGGAUUGAUGCUGCUGAACAAAUUGAAGAUACAUUAUCAGGUCUAAAGGUCAUUGAUUUUGAUGGUAUCUGUAUUCAAUUGUCAUUGCGGACCUAUCUUCCAAAAUUAGAAGAUUUAUUGUGUCAACAAAAGAUUGAAAAUGCUGCUGAGCCAUCUGAAGUAAAUCACGAGUUGCUGAUAGAAGUCGUUAAUGGAACUAUGGAGCUUAAGAAUGCUGAGAUUUUUCCAAAUGACGUGUACAUAAGUGAUAUUAUUGAUGCUGCAAAAUCUUUCAGGCAAUUAUUUUCACGCUCAGCCAUGGAGACUAGAUCUUCAUUGGGGUGGUUUGUGGGAAAAGUGCAAGAUAGAAUCAUUCAGUGCACCUUGAGAGGUUUGUUAGUGAAGCAUGCAAAUAAAUCAAGACACUCCUUUGAGUACUUGGAUAGGGAUGAGAUAGUUGUUGCUCAUUUAGUUGGGGGAGUUGAUGCGUUCAUAAAGUUAUGUCAAGGUUGGCCCAUAUCAAGAUCUCCACUGAAGCUUUUGUCGCUCAAAAGUUCAGAUCUCCAUUCAAAGGAAAUUUCAUUAAGCUUUCUUUGCAAGGUUGAGGAAGUGGUGAACUCCUUGGACGUAAACGUGCAGCUAAACUUGUUGAGCUUUGUGGAUGCUAUUGAAGAACUACUCGUUGAACAAAUGCGCGUAGAACUGCAUUCUGACAGCACUUCUAAAGUAUGACUACUGCUGCUCCAUAGAUCAUCUUCAGAUUGUUUUGAAGGUGUUAUAGUUUAACUCGAUUAUGCAUAUAUUUUUUGAAAAUGUUCUCUUGCUUCAGAAUACUUGAUGGUUUACCAUUUGAUUGAAUAUUAAUUUUUAAUAUGAUAGUUCAUGGUUUCAAGUGA